GGUUGCCAUGGGGACCUGGAUGCUGACGAAGGCUCCCGAGGCUGUGAGCAGCCACAGUGCCCUGCUCAGAAGCCCGGGGCUCGUCAGUCAAGCCAGUUCUCUGUUUGUGCUCGGCAGCACGGGCAGGCGAGUGGCCCCUAGUUCCAGGAGCAGAGCGGCAGUGCUUCAGUCCUGGUCCCACAGCUCCAAGCCUCGCCUGCCCACCCAGCACCAGGAUGGCCACCAUCACCUGCACCCGCUUCACAGAAGAGUACCAGCUCUUCGAGGAACUAGGAAAGGGAGCCUUUUCGGUGGUGCGCAGGUGUGUCAAGGUGCUGGCCGGCCAAGAGUAUGCUGCCAAGAUCAUCAACACCAAGAAGCUCUCAGCCAGAGACCAUCAGAAGCUGGAGCGAGAAGCCCGCAUCUGUCGCCUGCUGAAGCACCCCAACAUCGUCCGACUCCAUGACAGCAUCUCAGAAGAGGGACACCACUACCUGAUCUUUGACCUGGUCACUGGUGGGGAGCUGUUUGAAGACAUCGUGGCCCGGGAGUAUUACAGCGAGGCAGAUGCCAGUCACUGUAUCCAGCAGAUCCUGGAGGCUGUGCUGCACUGCCACCAGAUGGGGGUGGUGCACCGGGACCUGAAGCCGGAGAAUCUGUUGCUGGCUUCCAAGCUCAAAGGUGCUGCAGUGAAGCUGGCGGACUUUGGCCUGGCCAUAGAGGUAGAAGGAGAGCAGCAGGCGUGGUUUGGGUUUGCAGGGACACCUGGAUACCUCUCCCCAGAAGUGCUGCGAAAGGACCCGUAUGGGAAGCCUGUGGACCUAUGGGCCUGUGGGGUCAUCCUAUAUAUCCUGCUGGUUGGGUACCCCCCAUUCUGGGAUGAGGACCAGCACCGCUUGUACCAGCAGAUCAAAGCCGGUGCCUAUGAUUUCCCAUCGCCGGAAUGGGACACUGUCACCCCGGAAGCCAAGGAUCUGAUCAAUAAGAUGCUGACCAUCAACCCAUCCAAACGCAUCACAGCUGCUGAGGCCCUUAAGCACCCCUGGAUCUCGCACCGCUCCACCGUGGCCUCCUGUAUGCACAGACAGGAGACCGUGGACUGCCUGAAGAAGUUCAACGCCAGGAGAAAAUUGAAGGGAGCCAUUCUCACUACUAUGCUGGCCACCAGGAACUUCUCUGGAGGGAAGAGUGGAGGAAACAAGAAGAAUGAUGGUGUGAAGAAAAGAAAGUCCAGUUCCAGCGUUCAGUUAAUGGAAUCUUCUGAGAGCACCAACACCACCAUUGAGGAUGAAGACACCAAAGUGCGGAAACAGGAAAUUAUAAAAGUGACAGAGCAGCUGAUUGAAGCCAUAAGCAAUGGAGAUUUUGAGUCCUACACGAAGAUGUGUGACCCCGGCAUGACAGCCUUUGAACCCGAGGCCCUGGGGAACCUGGUCGAGGGUCUGGACUUCCAUCGAUUCUAUUUUGAAAACCUGUGGUCCCGGAACAGCAAGCCUGUGCACACCACCAUCCUGAAUCCCCACAUCCACCUGAUGGGUGACGAGUCAGCCUGCAUUGCCUAUAUCCGCAUCACGCAGUACCUGGAUGCUGGUGGCAUACCACGCACUGCCCAGUCCGAGGAGACCCGUGUCUGGCACCGCCGGGAUGGCAAAUGGCAGAUCGUCCACUUUCACAGAUCUGGGGCGCCCUCCGUCCUGCCCCAUUGAAGCACCAGGCUGGGGUCCCUGCGUUGCUAUGCCGUGGAGAUCUACCCUUUGUCUAAGGAAUGUGGCUGCUGGUUCUCCUACUUGGAUUUGGCUGGAAUUCCCCCCAUCAUGUCACCCCACCACUGUCACCUCUGUACCUGCAUCAGGAAAACCUGCUUGUUCACAAAAACCAUCACAACUUCAAAGCAAAUGGCCAAAUCUCCCACCCCCUACCUCUCACUCUUGCUUUCUCGCACCUGCCAGGGUGGAGCUUCCCCAGGCCUGGGCGCCUGGGAUGCCGGCCCCAACCUCCCCCGGCUGCUGGCAGCCUGGCCUUGCCUUGUCUGUAGGCUAGAAUGCCCAGCUGUGUGCUCACCAGUGGUGGGAAGAAGGUGGGAAGGAGGGGGAGGAAGGGGGCAUCUACCCUCUCUCUCUGCCAUCACACCUCUUCCUGGGUCCUCAGGAAGGGCAGAGGAAACUCCCAGGUCCCCUUCCCGAGAACGAGGGUGAGAGAGGAGCUGAUGCCAGGAGCCUCCUGCUUCAAACUGCUUCCCUAGCUCUUCUCCCCUCCUGCGCUAACCUGGCCAAGGUCUGCAGAGCCUUCCCUCGGUGUGAGGGGGCGCCACCCUCUCAGGGGCCCCCACUUGUUUCCUGCUUCCUUCUGGUGAAGUUUACCUCCAGCUUAACCUGCCCACCUUCCCCUUCCAUAAUCCCUGGAGAAUUCCAGCUUCAUCUUAUCUCAGAGAGGGAAUCUAAUUGUUUUGGGGGGCAAAGGAAAGCAACGUUUAGGUAUCACUUCUACUUGGACCGCAUGCCUUUUUAUAGCCAAACUUCUGUGUAUUUCGUAAAUGAAUUUCGCGUUAAUGAGUAUUUAUGUAAUAACUAGACCUCUCAAAUUAUCGUGAGAAGGGUUGGGUUGGGAAGGGGGAUAGGAAGAGGGGUGAGGGGUAGUUUUUUUCUGUUCUAGAUUUUUUUGUUUGGUCAUCUCUGAGGUGGACCUUGUCACCUGUGGUUAUCUGGGGUCAAGGUGGACUCAGCCCCAGGGAGAACGGCCUCUCUGCCAUUUUGGUCCCAAGGUAAGCUGACACAGGCAUUCCUUUCAGGACUGUGGAAGCAUCAGAUGCCAGCUCUAAGAAACAGCAAGUCAGGGCAGAGAGGGGAAGGGAGGUUGUCAGGAUGGAACUAUCUGGGAUUUUUACUGGGGUCCUGACUACCACACGCCCUAGGAUUUCAUCUCACCACAUCUGUGUGCCACCCCUAGCGCCCCCUGCCCACCUCUGGGGGCCCUUGAGCAUGUGUCUUCAUUGCCUCUCUCUCCUUGGCAUCUGAUGGCCGAAGCAGAACACUGGGAAUUUCUACUCUUCACGCCUCAACCUGCAGCCUCGGGUUUGCACUCUCUCUGUUUCUUUUCCUCUUUCCCUCUACCCCCUGGAUUGACUCUGAUGUGGAAUACCUUGGCACAUCUGCUAGGAUCUACUGUCUGCACUGUUUUCUUUGCAUGACUUUAUAUGCAGUAAGUAAGUUGAAAAAAAAAUGAAAAGAAGAAAAACACUCAACAAAACCAACCUACAUGUUUUGGACAAAAAAAAAAAAAAAUAGAGGUUGUAUUCUCAGUGUCCGACUCGGAAUUAUGUUGCUGCCUCUCUGUGCUUUUGGCCUCUGUGUGGCCGUGUUUUGCCAGCAUGAGAUACUGUCCCCUCUGGAGGAUUUUAGGGGAGGAAGAGCCGCGUCCCCAGGGAUUUGGAGGAGGCUCUGGUACCCCCAACCCUCCUAGGUAUUUUUGGUUGGAGCAGAACUGGUGAGGAUGUUUGACGCAGAACUUUCUGAGUUUCUCCCAAUCAGAAGUUGCCUGCUGGGCUCUUUUCUUAAGUCCUGCUGCCCGGAUACGGGAGAAACAGGCUUGGUAGGGGCUACAGACCAGGAAACAGGCUGCCUAGGCCUCCUGGCUUCCAAGCUGGUCCAUCACUGGCCUUUGUCCUUGGCAGAGACUUCAGUGCCCAGGCCCAAGGGUAGGCUUUUGGCCUGUCCUAGACCCAGAGGGCAUCCCAGGAAGGCCCGGUGAUCCCAUUGUGCUAGCUGCAAAACCACCUUACCCCCUUGUAACCAGCCAGUUCCCUACAGCCAUCCCCAGCCAAAGGAGAGGGUGUAGCCUUCACCAGGGGAUGUUAUGAUUACUGAAACAAGGUCUGAGCUCUUCUUUAAAAUCAGUUUCCUCAUCUGUUAGAAGGAUUAAGUGUUCCUAUCCAGCCAAUGAAGGAUCAGACAUAUGGUGAUGUGAAGCCAAAUAUACCUGGGUUAGCCACUGGCUGGACUCCCAUUUACUUCAGGACCUGGCUAGUCCCCAUCCCAUCCCCCACCUGCCUUUCAUCCCCCUUUUUGGUGCCUGUCAACUGCUUAUCAGCAGUAGACUGCAGGGGAGAAAGAGCAGUGGUUUGGGGGUUGGUAGGCUUCAAUUCCCAGCUCUGACCAGGCUUGCUGUAUGACCUUGGGCAAGUCCUUUCUCUUCUUUGGACCUCGGUUUCCCCACCAGAGAAAAUUGAGCUGGAGGACCCCAAGGUCCUGCCUUUCAUUGGCUGACACGCCUCCUGUCCACUGUGCCCCUCUCCAAGUGCUGGAGAAGUGGAGGCACAUCCUUACCCCAGGUUGAGAUGGCCCCCACCAGGAAGGCCACGCCUGUGGAUUGGCAACAACCGGGUGCAAAUCACAGGGCACCAGGGGUGAUCCUGAGGCAGCAGGCAGGGGAGACUGGCAGAAAAAGCCACCCAGAGCCCACCCUCACCAAACUCCAUGCUCCUCCAAACAUCCAUUAGAAGCAAAAAAAUUCAAACCCAAGUCAAAUCUAGGCUCCAGUGUGCAAAUAUGUUUACAGGAAAGUAUUCUCCUGGGUUUGUGCCCACCCUGGUGCAAAUCCUGACCCGUGGCCUCCUGUCUCCCUUCAAAGGGAGACCCUUUGGGGGGAUGUGUUUGCCAGACUCCCCAUGCUGGUUUCUUUGUUACUAUUUGUUUGGGGUUUUGUUUCAGUUCUUUUUCUUUUCUUUUUUUAAAUAUGUGGCUGUGAACUUGAAUGACCACUGCUCAAACUUUCUGCUAUUGGGGGUGGGGGGAGGGAAGGGAAGAAGGGGUGUCUGUUUUAUUCUUGGUGUUUUCAGUGCAAUAAAUAGCUACAAACUUCUGUGCA